GCACCCCUACCGGAACCGGAAGACGCCGACGUGGUCAUUCGGGAGGGAGGCGACCGCCCCGCUCAAUUCCUCGCCCUGCCCACACCAGACGCGGACGCAGGAGCCGUCACUGAUGUGGAGGAGUGCGAAGACAGCGGAGACGAAGGCCAAGAAACCGCCGGGCCUGAGACGGCAAGCGCUGCCGAAGAGCAGAUCCUGCGCUCGUUGGAAGGCUGCUAUUCAGACGUGAGCCAGAAGUCUUCCGAGAAGAAGCUAGUUCGAAUGCCGGCCUCUCGCCCACGACCCCCGCAGCGCGCCGCGUCGGCGCCGGUGCGAUCGCUUCUGGCGCCGACCCGCGCCGACGAAGGGCCUCUGACAGACGUCGAAAACCUCGACAGUGAAGACGACAACGAAGUAGAAACAAAAGCGCCUAAAGCAGGGCUGUUUGUGCCGUCCGACCCCGACGCGGGCGGUCUAACGGAAGUGGAGGUUAUGAGCGAGGAGGAAGAGCAGACGGCGGCUCCGCAAGGAGGUUUUCUAGGCGUGCCCGAGGGAGCUGCGGAGCCGCUAACAGACACGGAGGAAAUCAUUUUAGAGACGUCGCGACGCCGCCGCCCGCGACCCCGCCCACGCGCUUUGCAAGCGCCCGCCGCCGCGUCCCAGGCGCCCGCCCUUCUGG